AUGUUCUGCAACCUUAGAGGGGGCUAUCUGGUCGAAAUCGAAACGAAGAAAGAAUUUGACUUCUUGAAAGGUUUCAUCGAGCCUCUUGUCAAGGAGCAUAAGUUCCUCCUGACCGGGGGCACGAAGUCGGCAGAGAGAAGUUCUUGGUCCUACUUCGAGAGCGAGAAGCCGAUCAGUUUCUUUCACUGGGCGACAAGAGAGCAGCCGGCCAGCGCCGAGCCUGGGGUCUGCAUCUGGCUCUGGCGGGACGGCGACUGGUCGUACGUCGAGGGUGUGUGUGACUUCAACUCCUACACGGGGAACGAGAGAGGGUUUCUCUGCGAGAUUCCGCAGUAA